AUGAAUAUACAAAAUUGUGCCAGAUGCGGGUUUGUGGUUUACCCAGCGGAGAAGAUUAGCUGUAUUAAUCAGAACUGGCACAAGGCAUGUUUUCACUGUGAGGUCUGUAAGAUGGUACUCACUGCCAAUAACUUCGUCAGUCAUCAGAAGAGGCCAUACUGCCAAGUACACAAUCCACGGAACAACAGCUUUACCAGUGUCUAUGAGACACCUAUUAAUAUAAAUGCCAAGAAGCAAGCCCAGGCCGUCAGUGAGAUUAAAUAUCGAGAAGAGGGAGAGCGAUUCAUGUCCACUUUCCACUAUGACAUGAGGUCAAGAGAACUGGAGCAGGCUCGCAAAGUUAGUCAUGUGACUAACCAGAAUCAGCAGGCUGAGUUUGCGGAGCAGCAGAGUUGGUACUCUGGCAGUGUGACCAGUCAGGAGAUCAUUCGUGUCACACAAGCCCAGAAGACCAUUAGUGAUGUGGAAUAUAAACGUGGACAUGAAGAGAGAGUGACUCAGUUCAGCUCUGUCGCAGACACACCUGAGAUUCUGCACGCCAAAACUGGGGUUGCACUGGCCAGUGAUGUGAAAUACACAGAAGACUAUGAGCAAUCCAAAGGAAAAGGGAGUUUUCCUGCUAUGAUUACACCAGCAUAUGAGCAGGCUAAGAGAGCCAGUACUCUGGCCAGUAAUUUUGAGUAUAAGAAAGGGCAUGAGGAAAGAGUGUCAAAGUAUACCACAGUGACAGAUACGCCUGAGGUAGUGCUGGCCAAAAACCAAGGCAAGAUCACCAGUGAUCAUGUCUACACUGAGGAAUAUGAACAACAGAGAGGCAAAGGCAGUUUCCCUGCUCAUUUCACCCCUGGAUACCAGGUGGCCAAGAAAGCCAACGAGAUGGCCAGCAAAGUGAAGUACCAACAGAAAUAUGAGCAGGAACUGAAGGGGAAGGCCAGCGCUGAGGCCGGGCUGAAAGAGCUCCUCAGUCAGGUGAGAUGCUCCGAAGGCUUGGCCUGCGGCGCUGACACAGAGGAGUGUGAGGAACAGAGAGGGAAAGGCAGCUUUCCUGCUAUGAUAACACCAGGCUACCAACUGGCUAAAAAAGCCCAAGACAUAGCCAGUGAUCUGAAGUAUAAAAAGGAUGUGAGGAAGAUGAAGGGUUUGUCACACUACCACACUUUGUGCCCUGAUGACAACCUGGCACUAAAGAAUGCUCGCAAAAUCAACAAGCUUGUCAGUGAAGUUGAAUACAAGAAAGAUCUGGAAAACACUAAAGGCCACAGUAUCAACUACUGUGAAACACCACAGUUCAAGAACACGUCGAAGAUUGCCCAGUUCACCAGUGACAAUAAGUAUAAGGAGAAGUACACUAAUCACAUGAAGGGGCAUUAUGAGGGCACUGGAAUAGAUAAGAAGACUUUGCAUGCCAUGAAAGUCAGGAAACUGGCAAGCAAUAUUGCUUAUAAAUCAGAGUAUGAGCAGGAGAAAUCAGAGCACUGUGAAUAUCACUACCCUGCCACUAUCACACCAUCAUACCAGACCCAGAGAAAACUGGAGCCCCUCAGAGACGUGAAUUACAGGCAACAUAUUGACAAAGUGAAAUUCAGUUCAGUCACUGAAACCCCUGAUAUUGUUCAAGCCAGAAUCAAUGCUCAACAGCUCAGUGAUCUUAAUUAUAAAGCCAACUAUGAGAAGAUGAAGACACAGUACACAUUAUCUCAAGACCUGCCAGAGCUGAGGAAGGCUAAAGCUAAUGCAGAGCUCAUCAGUGAUAUCAAAUACAAAGAGGAAUGGGAGAAGAGCAAAUCUAAACCAUGUGACGUAGGACUCGACACUCUCACCGUCAAAGCAGCCAAGGCUUCACGAGAGCUGGCCAGUGAUAUCAAAUACAAAGAGUCUUAUAUGAAAGAGAAAGACAAAGCAGUUGGAGUGAAUGUAAGUGACUCGAAGACCCUCCACUCCCUCCAGGUGGCAAAGCUGAGCAGUGAGAUUGCCUAUAAGAAAGGCUCUAAGGAGACUCAGUCAAAGUGUACAUUGCCUUUGGACAUGGUCAACCUGAGCCAUGCUAAGAAAGCCCAGGCUUUGGCCAGUGACCUGGAGUACAGGAAGAAACUGCAUGACUACACUGUCCUGCCAGACGACAUCAAAGUGCAACAUGCUAAAAAGGCUUACAACCUACAGAGUGAGAGCCAGUACCGCUCCGACCUGACCUGGAUGAAGGGGGUGGGCUGGGAGGCUGAAGGAUGUUUGGAUGUGACACAGGCCAAGAAAGCAGGAGAGCUUCUGAGUGAGAAAAAGUACCGUCAGAAGGUGGACACUAUGAAGUUCACCCAGGUGGCUGACACUCCUUCCAUCAAACACGCCAAGAGGAGUCAAGAGCUUCAGAGUGGAGUGGCAUACAAAGCAGGCACAGAGCAGACCAUGCACCAGUACACCAUAAGCAAAGAUGAACCACUUUUUAAACAGGCAAAAGCCAAUGCAGAGCUUCUCAGUGAGAAAACCUAUAAGAGCAGCCUGGAGCAACAGAGAGAGAAAGGCUUUGAGCUACGGAUGGAUGCACUCUCCAUUCUCACUGCCAAAGCAAAGAGGGACCUGGCAAGUGAUGUGAAGUAUAAAGAGAAAUAUGAGAUGAUGAAGGGGAAGAUGAUUGGAGUGAAGACAGUAACCGAUGACUCUCAGAUGGCCCACUCUACUCUGGCAACCAAACUUCAGAGUGACUUGCAAUACAAGAAGGACUAUGAGAACACAAAGACCAGAUACAGUGCCUCUCUUGACAUGCUGACCCUCACUCAUGCCAAAAAAGCUCAGGAUUUGGCCACGGAUAAAAAGUACAGGACCGUCCAACACAAGUACACCAGCCUGCCCACAGACAUGAGAGUGGAAUGGGCCAAGAAGGCCUAUGGCCUGCAAAGUGAUAAAAAGUACCGCUCAGACCUUAACUGGAUGAAAGGUGUUGGCUGGGAAGGCACAGGCUCUCUGGGUGCACUGCAGGCCAAGAAAGCUGGAGAUAUUGUCAGCGAGAAAAAGUACCGUCAGCAGGCCAGUUCUCUGAAGUUCACCAGCGUGGAGGACACGCCAGAAAUGGUACAGGCCAAACUAAGCAACCAGCUGGCACUGGAUAGGCUGUACAGGGAGAAGGGAGAGGGUCUCAAACACAGCUACACUCUGACUGGAGAUCUGCCCGAGUAUGUUCAGUCCAAACUCAACGCUAUGAACCUCAGUGAGACACAUUAUAAAGAAUCCUGGAUGAAGAUUAGAGAUGCAGGCUAUAAGUUGCGUUUGGAUGCCAUUCCGUUCCAGGCUGCAAAAUCAUCUGCAGAGAUUCUUAGCGAUCAAAAGUACAAGGAGCAGUUUGAGAAGACGAAAGGUAAAAUGAUUGGGUUGAAGGGACUACAAGAUGACAUAAACAUCGCUCACUCAGUGCAGGCCAGCCAACUCCAGAGUGAUAUUAAAUAUAAGAAAGACUUGGCUAAGGUGCAUUCUGAGUUACAUGUGCCAAUGGACAUGCUGGAGCUGGCUCACGCCAAGAAGGCCCAGACUCUGGUCAGUGACCAGGACUACAGACUCGCUCUGCAUCACUACACGACUCUGCCUGACGACCUCAAAGUUCAGGCUGCCAGGAGGGCAUAUGAGCUGCAGAGUGAGAAACUGUACCGCUCUGACCUGAACUACCUUCGUGGAGUUGCUUGGAUUGGCACUGGUUCUGUUCAGAUUGAAGGAUCCAAACGUGCCACAGAUCUAGUCAGUGAGAAAAAAUACCGCCAGCAACCCCACUCCUUCAAACACACAUCUGUCACAGACUCACCAGACAUCGUCCACGCCAAGCUGAGCAGCAGGAUCACGAAUGAACGUUUGUAUAAAGAGGCGGGGGCAAGCUCCAGACACAACUACACCAUCACAGUGGAGAGACCUGAGAUUACCCAGGCUAAGAUCAAUGCUGCCAACUUCAGUGAUAUUAAGUACAAAGAAUCGUGGCAUACACUGAGGGCACAGGGCUACAAACUGACCAUGCAAGACAUCCCCUUCCAGACAGCUAAAACCUCCACUGACAUCGCCAGUGAUUACCAGUACAAGCACAGCCACCUGUUGGAGAAAGGUAAGCACAUCGGUGUGCGCAGUGUCCUGGACGACCGUCGCCUCACGCAUUGCCUGCAGAUGGGUCGUCUGCAGAGUGAUCAACAGUACCGCAAAGACGCCAUGUCUAUUAGUGGACAGUACCACUUGCCUUUGGACAUGGUCAACCUGAGCCAUGCUAAGAAAGCCCAGUCUCUGGUCAGCGAUCAGGACUACAAGAAAAAACUCCAUGAAUACACCAUCCUGCCUGACGACAUGAAGGUCCAGUGGGCCAAGAAAGCUUACAACCUCCAGAGUGAGAAACUCUAUAAAUCGGAUAUGAACUUCAUGAAGGGCGUGGCAUGGGAUUCAGUAGGUGCUCCUCAGCUGGAGUGGGCAAAGAAAGCAGGAGAGCUGCUUAGUGAUAAGAAAUAUCGGCAGCUGCCUGACAGUCUGAAGUUCACUCAGGUGGCAGACUCACCUGAUAUCAUCCAUGCAAAGAACAGUUAUAUGCAGUGCAGUGAGAGGCUCUAUAAGUCUGGAGACUCGGACGCCAUGCACAGAUACACCUUACCUCUUGACCAUCCUGACUUCAUCAGAGCCAAGACUAAUGCCCUUCACAUCAGCGAUAAAGUCUAUAAGUCAUCGGGUGAGCAGGUUAGAUCAGCUGGGUAUGAUCUCAGACUAGAUGCCAUUCCAUUCCAAACAGCCAAGGCCUCCAGGGACAUUGCUAGUGAUUUCCGUUAUAAAGAAGCGUUUGUGAAGGGAAAAGGCCAGCAGGUGGGGCUUCUCAGUGCAGAUGACGACCCCAAGAUCAGACAUUCACUGGCCGUUGGCAAGCUCCAGAGCGACAACUUAUACAAACGACAGUUUGAGGAGACGCGCUCACAGUUCAAGAUGUACGCUGACCAGCCGCAGUUCCUACAUGCCAAAAAGAGCCAGGCCCAGGCCAGUAACCUUAGCUACCGCCAACGUCUCCAUGACUACACAUGUGACCCUGAGCAGCUCAACGUUAAACAUGCCAAGCAGGCCUACAAGCUACAAAGUGAUGUGAAUUACAAGUCAGACUUGAACUGGAUCAGGGGAGUGGGCUGGACCCCUCCAGGGUCCCAUAAAGUGGAAAUGGCUCGCAGGGCUGCGGAGCUAGGCCUUGCUGAUGGAGUGGACACAGAGGAAGCUAUUGCUCAGUACCAGCAGAUGAUGAUGCUGCAGCGAGAGCAGCAAAUGCAGGGGCAGGAGUCAUCUUCAGAUCACAAGGAGACCCGGGAGGAGGUCCAGCAGCCCGGGGUCAAUCCAGAUGCCAUGGAAAUCCUCCAAGUGAAGAGGAAAAAGACAAUCCACACUACAUUCAAACAGGCCAAAACCACCAAAUCCAUGAUUACUCAAUCUACUGUAUCUCGAUCAACAACAAAUCAAUCCAUUACAAAUCAAUCUACAGCACACCAGUCUAUCACAAGCCAGUCCUCUGCAAAUGAGUCUAAAACAAUGUAA